ACUUUACUGCAGGCACUCUUGCCAGCUACAGGAAUAAAUAAUGGCAGAUAUCUUAGUAAAAAAGUUGACUGCUGAUGACUUUGAUGCAGAAAAAUAUGUGCAGAGCCUUAGCCACAGCAGUGUGGGAGGUCUGGAACUGCAGCAACAACGUCAGCGCGUACUACAACUAUCCAAAGAAACGAGUGCAUUGCUAAAGAAGAAUGUCUACAACAACUAUAUGCAAUUCAUUGAAACAGCCAAAGAAAUUUCUCAAUUGGAGAGCGAGAUGUAUCAGCUGUCACAUCUCAUCACAGACCAGAAGUCAAUAUUGUCCAUGAUGCUUGAAGUAACCAUCUCAGGGGACAAGGGUCCUGGCAGCGGGCUGAGUGGUGUGCAGGAAGCUGUACAGGAAUUCGAGGAUCCACAGGAGGCUAGACUUCGACAACAAAGGGAGAACAGGAAGAAGCUAUCUGCUCUCCUCGAGAACAUUGAAGGAUGCUCGCACGUGCUGGAGGAGCCAGAGCGCUGGCUGGUCUAUGAAGGAGACCUGGUGGAGCUGUCUCAGGACGACUACUCGGGACAGCAACGCGUGCGCGCUUGUCUUCUCAACGACUCCUUCAUGCUGGCCACGUGGCUUGCUGACAGACGUGGGCCGGUGCGCUACCGCUUUGAGACGCUGCACCUGCUUGACGCUCUCGUGCCGGUAAACGUGAAGGACCGCGGCCAGGCGACCAACGCCUUCAAGCUCCUCAUAUUCCCUGACGCGCGGGCGUUCCAGGCGCCGUCCCCCAAAAUAAAGAGCGAAUGGCUGGAACAUCUCGAGAGGACCAAGAAGGAUCGAGUGGCUGCUCAACAAAAGCAACCAACGGCUGAACACCGAGCUCCUGUUGCCAACCCUGAUUCAGAGAACCCCUUCCUCAAGCAGCAAGACUCCGUGGGGUCGCGGGACAGUCAAGACGACGACGAAACUAACCCCUUCUCGUGGUGGAGCUCCAGUUCAGCGCCGCCUCAGUCUCAGGUCCCACAAACGCCUGAGUGGAUGCAGGAGCUUCCUGAGGACUUAGACCAAGCAAUUGCCCAAAGAAAUUUCGAAGACGCGCUCACACUCAUCCAGCGAGCCCGAGAAUACUUCACCCAGGCCCCAAAGACUCUCGUCAACGCUGAGAUGAAACGCGGCGUCGAGACCCGCGUCAAAACGCUCGUAUCUGUGGUACGAGCCGAGCUCGCCGCAUCAGGGGAGAGAAGUCUUAAUGCCGGCCCCAAGGCUGCUAGACGGGCUGUUAACAUCCUCCUGCAAUUAAAUAAACAGCAAAUGGCAUGCGAGUUGUUCCUCAAGUACAGAACGGCGAUACUGAAGUCAGCCUUGCAACGUUUGCGGCUUGAAGGCGAUACCGAGGUCUACAUAAGACACUUAUGUGCGGUAUACUUCCGCAACCUUAACGAUACCCUCAACGAGUUCAACAAAGUGUUUGCUUCCUGUAAGAGUUGUUUGCCAGCACUCGUUGUUUGGGCAGGAGAUUCCAUGAAUAGUUUUGCGAGCAAGUUUUGCCAACACGUCUUCAGCACGCAGUCUUCACUCACCACCGUGUCGGAAUGCGUCAGUCUAGCAGAUCAUUACUGCAAGCAGGCGAGCAAGACAGGCCUAGACCUCCGGUUCGCCUUGCAUGCGUCCAUGUCCCGCGACCUGGAACGCCGUGUAGCGUCUGCACGCGACCAGAUGCUCGACGCCAUCAAACUACGCGCGCAGGACGAGAGCUGGCAACCCACCAAGUUUACUGACGAGCGCCAACUUCAAACCUUCAUGGAGGAAAUGAACGACAUCGGAGUCGCCGGCCUCAACGAGUACCUCACGGAUGCGUUGGUGCUGGGGCUGACGAGCAGUGUGCUGGAGUUGGUGCGCGUGAUGGUUGCUUUUGUUGAGGAUGUGUUGCGGCUGCUGGUGGUGUGGCCUGACGCGCAGCAGCUGCUCGCUGACUCCCUCACUGCUGUACUCGAGGCUCAGCUACACCAAUGCAAGGCGGCCGUACAACAUCCCAUGCUUAAAGAUAAGACAAGCAUCGUGUGCCUGAACAGCCUGUUUGUUGUCGACGUGUUGCUGCCGCUGACGGAGCAGCGCUACACGGAGGUCACGGGCUUCGCUCAUCCAACGUUACGCACGCUAGCGCGCUACAGGCAACUCUUUGCCACCAGCGCCGACUCCCAUACCUCAGGCUUUGUGUAAGCCAAGUUUCGACGGUCUUGUCGUCUGAUACGGAGUGGUAACUUCCAAAUUUUAUGUUUCCACCGCUCGUCCGAAUAAUACGAGAUUUAUUACAUGUCUAUUUUUUUUUGCUAGCAAGCUUGUCAUUUUUCGACAAUGAUGCCAAAGAUCAUCAGAUGAUGGAUUAUUGUUAUGAAUAUUUAGUUUUAACACUCAUUGAACUGUUAAUAUCCUUUAGAAAAUCAGGGGUUAUAUGUUGUUUUUUGGCAUGAUAUUUGUUUUCAUUUGAAGAACCGCAGCGAAUGCCCAUAUCCAUUGGCUAAACGGCAUAUAAAAGAAUUUAAGAAUUAAAUCAAAAUCUUAUGAUGGGCUUCGAUAUGUAUUCAAUCCGUCGCAAUAAUCCAAGGGCAUCAUUUAGCUCAAACGACAGAACCUCUGUCGUAUUCUGUUCCGCAUGUAGUUUUACUCGGGCAUGAAUUUCUCACGAUGCCCAGGUUUACUAACAAAUUAGUUGAAGCAACUGAAAUGGUAAAAUGGUCGUCCACUUGCAGCAACCAUUAUCGACUCAGUAGUUCAACGCGUGAAAAGGUCUAUUGCCAUUGCCUGAUAUUACUCUCAUUCAAGGUUUAAUAUUGACAUCCCAGGAUAGGUAUUUAUUAUAAGUCAUAUAAAAAUAAGCAAUAUAUUGGCGUAAAUACAAAGGAAGAUUAUCUUCGACCAGUGUGAUCCCUCUCUGAGUACAGAGUUCAUGGUGAAGCUCUCGUGCCAAUAUUAUACUGGCCAAAGAUAAACCAGGACAUAAAAGUAGAGACGGCUUGGCCACACAUGGAAACGUUCGUAAGAAUUAGCUACAAUUUACUCAAUAUCACCAUAACUUUGGGCGAAUAACAAGUAAAUAACAGACUACCAAUCUCUCAAAGUUGUACUUUACAUUCAGAGUCAUGUUUUACAUCGCUAAUCAGGUUGACUCUUAUACAAAAAGAUCCGUCAAUUGCAUCGCGAGGUUACAAUAGAGCAGCAGUAAUUAAAUUUAAAGUAAAAAUGGACGUGAACGGGCUUUUGCCGUUCUGUAUUAAUUUCACGCUUUGUAUUUAUUUGUGUGUAGAUAUUGAUACCAAAUUAUAAUCUAUUGAUAAUCUGUAAUCUUUAGACAAAUUUAUUAUUUACAUGGUUACUCUAUUGGAUAAAUGUUUCCCAAUCCUAACGUAAAUAAACUUUAUCUUUCAACUUUCGUAUCACAUUCGAAAGUGUCUUCACGAUAUUCCUUAGUCCUGAAAACUAAUAACAUUUGCUACGCUUUAUUCAGUUUGUAAGUAAAAAAACGUAACAAGACGGAAGUAUAAGAUGACGCAAGAUUAGUCUACCCACAAACUAGUAUUACUGGUUCUUAAUCAUAAUACCAUCAACUCUGAACUACACAACACAAUACCUCCCAUACCCAAUUAGAUUCGUAGCCAGAUUAUAUUGCACUUUGCAGGUACCGCUUACAUAAUAAUAGUUGGAAGCGAAAUAACCCUGGAGUGUUUUUUUUUUUUUU